UGUACACUGUGUUUCAAGGCCGGAAAAUUCUCAAAUUUCAAAUGUCUACAGACGGCUCUGCCAAGGACAGCAAAGCUGAUUACUUGAGACGCUACCUAGAACCAGGUGGUAGUAAGAAGAAACGUAAAGCAGUUAAUGACAUUACAGUAAAAUACAUUUCGUGAGUUUUAAAAAUAGGUCUGAUUUUUAUAGUGCACCAUGUUCAAUAUCCAGACUAUAACAAAAUAGUUUGUUUUCCAAGUUCAGAAACCUCCAGCCAGCUGUCUUACUGAUAUAUAAUAUGGGAAGAACAAUAUCACUCAAUUUCUAUGUGUCUCUUAUCCCCAUGAAACGUGAGUUCAAGUAGGAAGGUUGGCCGCUGUUCAAGGAACAAGUUUGGUGAACUUCUGUCAUACUUUUAUAUUCAGCCUUACUUAGUAUUAUGUUGACCCUCUAACGUUAAUAGUAUGGAUUCCACAGUUGGGAGACAAAAUGAUUGGUGAUCUCCCUGAAACUUUAGAUGCAUUCUAUAAAACAGAUCCGGAUAGUUUUGAAUUUCCAACAGAUCCAUCAUUUGUAGAACCAUUACCAACAGUAGUUCGACAAGCAACUUUAUUGAAAGAUAAAAAACUUAAACAAGAAGAUAAAUCUAAGAAAGAAGCAGAAUUAGAAGCCAGAUAUGAUAUAUGGAAUAAAGGCAUUAAAACUCUUGAAGAAACUUAUAAUAAACUUAAAGAACAAGAAUAUGAAAGUUCCAAACCACUAGCACGAUAUGCUGAUGAUGAAGAUCUAACGGAACAUUUAAAAUCACAAAUACAUUCUGAAGAUCCAAUGGCACAAUAUUUUAUUCAGAAAUCAAGUAAACAGAAACACAAAAAGAAAAGUCAUAAGAAGAAAAAACACAAACGUGAGUCCAUAUGA